CCCCCCCCCCCCCCCCCACCACCUCCUCCGACCCAGAGCACACACAUGGAUCAGAGGACUCAGGGGGGACCUACCACGCCACCCCCCCUCUCCGCCACAGCUCCCGCAGGCGAGCGCGAGAAGGAGGGCGUGGGUGGGAAAAAAGAGGAAGAGGACGAGAAGAGGAAGAAGGAACGCGAGGGGCCACAGUCACAGUCACAGUCACAGUCGGAGUCUGGCGCAGGCACCGAGGGGACGCCAGGUGACCCUUCCCAGCAACCGCAGCAGCAGCUGCCGCCGCAACAGUCCCCUCAGUUCUCCGUUAAAGAGGCCACGUACGCGGAGGGCAACGUCAAGAUGAAGAUCGGCCUGCAGGCCAAACGCAUGAAGAAGCCCCCCAAGAUCAUGGAGGACUACGUGUGCCGACCGGCCUUCCGGGCCACCGUACGACACACCGGGAGAGGAGGGGGAAGGGGAAGUCGGGGAGCAGGAGGGGCGAACGACACCACCACCACCACCACCACCGCCGCCAAUGCCUCUGCCACCACCACCGCUGCCACCACCACCACCACAGCCAACACCACCACGCCUGGCGGGCGCACACAGAGCCCGUCGCUCGGGAAAGAGUCGGAGAAGAGUCAGAGCGCCGGCACGCGGCCUGCCCCGCCUCCAGCCCAGACUCCUCCCCAUCAAGCCCCGCCCACAUCCACAAGCCCCAUCACUCCAGUCAAUGGAAGCCCACCGGCUAAGAGGGCUCCCCCAAAACUGGUCAGUAAGUCCGAGAGCAAACCUGAGGGGAAGGCGACGGCCUCAGCGGAGAGACCCCUAAAUCUCCACCGCCCGCUGCCGGACUCAAAGUUGCACUCCUCCACCAAGAAAGCUCCCCUGGCGCAGCCGAACGCCGCCCUGGCCAACUCCAGCCCGUCUCCCCCGGCACCCCCGGCGCCCUCCAACCACGAGCCCAAGAUGGACGGCGUCAUGAUGAAGCCGCCCCAGUUUGCGUUCGGCGAGGCUCAGCGGGAGCAGGACCGCGGGGUCCCCGGCUGGGGAGGCUCGUCCACCGUCACCGAGAAGCUGGCGCAGCUCAUCGCCACCUGCCCCCCCACCAAGUGCCCCAAGCAGCCUAAAGUGCGCCGGCCCUCCCCGUCGCCCUCGCACAGCAACUCGGUCCCCCUCAUCUCCAACCUGCAGCGGCCCGAGAGGGCCAUGGCCAACAGGGCCACCUACUCCCGCAUCCAGCACCUGUCCCCUCCACCGCCUGUCUCACGGCCCCCCGGCCGGCCUUACGGUUCACGCAACAAAGACAGUGUCAUGGACAAGCUGACCACCAGCUCCCGGAAAGAGGAAUCCGAUGGUGGGGUCAAAGGGAACGCCAGCAGCGGUAGCAGCAUCAGCUGCACCGCCACAGCAACCACCACCACCGCCGCCACCAGCUCUGCCCUUCACUAUGGCAACAGUCGCUUAACCACCGCCAACGACAGCAACGAUGGCAACAACAACAAUAACAGCAGCAGCAACAGCAGCAACAACAACAUCAUCAAGACUCAGUCACGGCUCACGCACGGUUCGCCUCACUCCUCUUCCUCACCCACCCUGUCCUCCUCUUCCUCCUCUUCCUCGUCUUCGUCAUUAGACCAGAGAACAGGAAGCGGCUCCACACACAUAGGGGCCUCAUCCAUGCUGGGCCCUCGACCGAGGCCCAGUCCCUCCCGGACGGAGGAGAGCGGCGAGAAGGACAGAGAGCGAGGAGAGCGCGACGGCAAGGACGGCCCCAGAGACUUGAGCAAAGGCUCGUCCCCCUCUGGGCUGGGGAAGUCGGAGGCGAAGGAGAGGGAGAGGGGCUUUGUCCUGGCCGCCAGAGGCGAGCGCGGAAAGAGCUCCAGCCCGGCCAAGAACAGCCCGCUCCGGGACAGCCGACCCAGCCGGACGGCGAGCCCGGCCGAGCCUGGGACGCGCCGGAACACCUCCCCGUCCGAGCCCUCGGGCGGCAGUCCGCCGCCACCUCUCAGCGACUCGGCGCCGGGGUCCCCAGGGUCGCCGGCCGAGCAGGACAACAAGCCGCUAAAGAAGCGCCGAGGUCGCCGGCCGCGGUGGACGCGCGUGGUCAACCGCUCCCAGAAGGCCGCACAGGACGCUGCUUUGAGCCAGGCCAAGCCUGGCAUGCCUAUGUCGGCCCUGGGGCCCAACCCACCUCCCGUCCGGAGACCCGUGGGGCGACCCCCGAACCCCAACAAGGUGCAGGUGCCCCCUGCCGUCCCACAGCUCUUCGACGCCCCGCCGAAGAAGAGGGGACGCCCCAAGUCCAAGAUGCCCCGCCUGGACGCCCCGGCCCGUGGGAGACCCCCUCUCAAGUUGGCCACCUCCAAGGUGUUCUCCAGCUUUAAGUCCAAAGAAGAACAGGACCCCCCGGUACUGCACCCUGAGGUGGACCUCAACCCCCCCAAGCCCAUGCCGCGAAAGCGGGGGCGCCCCAAGCGCCUUCCCCCUACACUGCCCCAGGAAGGCCAACCCCCUACAUUAGCUCCAGAGCAAGGCGACUCCGGCGACAAGACCUUCCGCAGCAAGGGCAACGGCCAGCUCAUCAUGAAGACCAUCAUCGGCAAAAUCAACAAGAUGAAGACGGUGAAGCGCAAGCGGCUGCUGAGCCAGAUCCUGCUGGGGUCAGGGGUCGGGCCGGAGGGCGAGAGCAGAGUGGCCGGAACCAGCACGACCAACACGGUGGCGGCCGCCACGCAGUCCCUGUCGUCCCUGGCCGCAACGUUCGGAGGGAAGCUGGGGCCCCAGAUCAACGUCAGCAAGAAGGGCACCAUCUACAUGGGCAAGAGGAGGGGACGCAAGCCCAAAGCGGCGGCUAACCCCCCUGCGGGGGCCCCGACGCCCCCUCCAGAGCCCUUCCUGUCCCCCAACAUGUCCUCCCCGCACCACCCGCACCCCUCCCAGUCUCUGCAGAGCCAGCAGCACCACCAGCUUCCCCCGACCGAUGUCUUCCCCUCGCCGUCUCUCUCGCAGUCCAGCGGCGGGCAGAGCCCCAUCAGCGAUGCCAGCUUCGUGGAGCCCGGCUCGGUGCACUGCACCCACUGCAGCCACGGGCACCACGGGCACCACGGCUUCCCCUUCGCACCGCCGACCUUCUCCGCGCCUUCGCCGCGCUCCCUGGGGCCCAUGGGCUCUGGCUCGGGUUUGGCCUCGGCGGCGUCUCAGAAGAAGUCCUCCUGCCGCGGCUACCACCACCACCACCACCACUACCGGACGCACUACCACUACAGGAAGGUGUCGCCACCCCGGCCACUGCUGCCCACCUCGCCCGCUCCGCUGAGCGAGCUGAAGGAGGCCACCCCGUCGCCGGUCAGCGAGUCGCACAGCGAGGAGACGGUGCCCAGCGACAGCGGCAUUGGCACUGACAACAACAGCACGUCCGACCGCGGCGAGAAGGCAGGAGGUGCCGGACUCGGUGGCGUCGGGAUGCCCCAGGGUGUCGCCAGCGGCCUUCUCAUGCCAGGGGUCAUGGGGUCGGCCGUGGGCGUCGGGGCGGGUCUCAGCCCGCGUGGCAGAAAGAGACAUGCCUCCUCGGUCCUGAUUGACCGACCCUCGCCUUCUCCCUCACCCCUGGGGGCCCGGUCGUCCCCCGACCCGCGGCGGGCUCACCCGGCCGCCGGCCCGGCCUCGGCACUGGUCGGGCACAAGGAGAAGCACAAGCACAAGUGCAAACGGCGGGGGCACGCGUGCCCGGCCUACGACAAGCUCAAGCGCCAGAAGCGCAAGCGCAAGAAGAAGUACCUGCAGUUGCGCUCACGCCGCCAGGACCCCGACUUCCUGGCCGAGCUGGACGAGAUCUGCGUGCGCCUGAGCGACAUCCGCAUCUCCCACCGCACGCCCGCCAUGCGUCUGGGCAGCAGCCUGGCGCUGGGCGCCGCAGGCGCGGGGGGAACCGGCAGGGGCGCCACCCUCGGUAGCGGGCGCAGUAGCGGCGGCAGUGCCAACCCACCGCCCCACCACUACCUGCACCGAGACCUGUUGCCCACCAUCUUCCGCAUCAACUUCAGCGGCUACUACUCGCCCCACCCCGCCUACCCCUGCGACUCCCUGCACUAUGUCCGCAAGCCCGACCUCAAGAAGAAACGCGGUCGCCCCCCUAAGCUGCGUGAGUCCAUGUCCGAGGUGCCCUUCGUGCCCGGUCUCGGCUUCCCCCUCUCCAGCGGUGGCUUCUACCACCCUUCCUACAGCGUUCCCUACUCCUCUGCCCCUCUGGGGCUGGGCUACUAUCGCGGUUACCCCCCGGCGAGCGCCCUCUACCCCCACCCGCACCACCAGCCUCCCCACUCGGCCGCCGCGCACCACCCGCACCACUCCCCCUCCUUCCCUCCGCCACCCCCGCCCUCCUACAUGCACCACCACCCCUCGCACCUGCUGCUCAACCCCUCCAAGUUCCACAAGAAGAAACACAAGCUGCUGCGGCAGGAGUACCUGGGCGGGGGCCGCUCGCCGGUUCUCUACCCGCCCAUGGCGCCCGAGCUCUCCUUCGGCUGGCACCACAAACACAAGCACCGGCACAAGCACCGCGAGCGCUGCGGCGGCCCCGACGAGCAGCUGGAGCGCGGCGGCAGCGCGGAGAGGGCCGAGCGGGCAGAACGAGGAGAGAGGGGAGACGGCGUCGGGCUGGGCAGAGGAGAGAGAGGAGGAGGAGGAGGAGGAGGAGGAGGAGCAGGAGGAGCAGGGGGCAUGGAGGCCCUGCAGCACUGUCGGUUUGGGAGAGACGGGUCGGCGGAGAGUGCCGGCAAGCCCACAUCGUCGUCAGCGGCGGCGGCUUCAGCCAACUCUCCUUCGUCGUCUUCCUCAUCCUCGGCCGAGCGCUACAAGAGGAAGGAGGCGUCGGCGUCGUGCCUGGGCCCCUCACGCCUGGCGCUGGGCAGUCGCGGCCACACGUCAGCCGACUCCUGGUUCCGAGUGGGCACCGCGGAGGCCGACUACGGCAAACUGUCGCACCACUCUGCCGGUCAGCCCGGCGCCUUCUCCGACGGACACGCUGCCCAGCCUAUCGGCUGCUCGGACAGCGAGGAGGACGAGGGCCUCUCCCCGGCGGAGGACGACGCUGAGCCGCCGAGCGCUCAGCACACCAACUUGUUCGCCUCGGCACUCACCAGGAGCUCGAUGCGUCCGGGUCGUGGCCGGAGGCCCGCCUCCUCGGACGGCGGUGGCGGCGGCCUUGCGCGAUUGGACAGAUCCCUCCGGAAGGACCGGUCCACCUCGGCGGAGAGGAGAGAGACAGGUGAGUUGUCCCAGCCUGUCUGUCCUCAACCUGUCUGUGUGGAUGAAACUACCCGAGAUGAAGAGGCGUCUCUGCUCUUGCAGCGUGUCCUGCGGAGUACUGUGUGGACGUCCAAUGGCAUGUGGCAUGUGCCCGACACACGGUCACAGCUCCACUGUGGAGGCCUCUACACCACCACCAGCAGCAGCAGCUCCCGCUAUCAGGGAGGGAUGCAGACUCGUGGUGCAAACCCCUCCGACUGCAUGGACGCCGGCCUGUUAUCUCGCCACCACCACCUCCACCAUCACCACCACCACCCGCACCACCCGCACCACCACCAGCACCACCAGCACCACCAGCAGCAGCAGCAGCAGCAGCAGCUCUCUCUCCACCCCUCCCUCUCUCACCCCCACUCAACCUCCAUCUCCGGUCGACCCAUCGGGCUGCCAACCAGCUCCAGCUGUUGCCGCGGCGACUCCUCUCCGUCUCGCCACGGCUCCUCGUCCUCGUCGAGCGGGCAGCGCGGCGCCCAGGCUCCCCCUCCUCCUCCACCGCCACCACCGCCGCCCAAAAACAACCUGCACCACGUCAACAAGAUCCUCCGCGCCAAGAAGCUGCAGCGCCAGGCGCGCACCGGCAACAACAUGGUGAAGAAGCGCGGGCCCGGGCGCCCGCGAAAGUACCCGCUGCCCUCGCCGCCCCCCUCGCCCCCCCCUCCCGCUCCUCCGCCAGCGCUGGCCCACGCUCAGCCCGCCCAUGGCCCGGAGCUGGCACGCCAGCGGGACAGAGAGCGGGCCGGCCGGGAGGCGGGGGACACGGUGACGGACGCCAUCGAGUCGGUGGUGCAGCAGGGCCAGCAGCGGCGCCGCGGCCGCAAGCGCAAACGCUGGGAGGAAGAGGAGCGAGAUGAGGAAGAGGAGGAGGAGGCGGCGGCGGCCGAGGAGGAAGAGGACGCAGCCGGAGAGGAAAGAGGCGGAGACGAGGAGGAGGAGGAGGAGGAGGAGGAGGGGGAAGAGGAGGAGGAGGAGCAAACGGCAGGAAGGGAGGAAGAGGCGGGGGCUAGCAGAGCGCGAGCAGGACCAGGAGGAGCAGGGGGAGGGCGAGGAUGGCUCACCCAGGAGGAGAUGCACUGUUUUCGCAGCGCGCUGGAGAGGAAACCUGAAGGUCAGGCCUCCGUCGCGGAAGGCCCUAGCCCCGCCCCUGCUCCCGCCCCCGUAGAACAGGCCCCACCCACCGCUGUGCCCACCCAACGGGAGAAGAGAGCCUCCAGACCGCCCAAGAAGAAGUUCCAGAAGGCGGGGCUUUAUUCGGAUGUGUACAAAACUGAAGAUCCACGCAGUCAGCUGCUGCAGCUGAAGAAAGAAAAACUGGAGUAUAUUCCAGGAGAACAUGAGUAUGGCCUUUUCCCUGCGCCUAUCCACGUCGGGAAGUACCUGAGACUUAAGCGCAUUGACUUCCAGUUGCCUUAUGACAUCCUGUGGCUGUGGAAACACGAUCAGCUCUAUAAGAGACCUGAUGUCCCACUCUACAAGAAGAUCCGAUCCAAUGUGUAUGUGGACGUGAAGCCUCUGUCGGGGUACGAGGCCACCACCUGUAACUGCCGUGCCCCGGAGGACCACGCCGAGAAGGGCUGUCAGGACGACUGCCUGAACAGGAUGAUCUUUGCGGAGUGUUCCCAGGGCACGUGUCCCUGCGGGGACCAGUGUGAUAACCAGCACAUCCAGCGGCACGAGUGGGUGCAGUGCCUGGAGCGCUUCCGUGCCGAGGGCAAGGGCUGGGGCAUCCGCACCAAAGAGUCGCUGCGCGCGGGCCAGUUCAUCAUCGAGUACCUGGGCGAGGUGGUCAGCGAGCACGAGUUCAGGAACCGUAUGAUGGAGCAGUACUUUUCCCACAGUGGUCACUACUGCCUUAAUCUGGACAGUGGCAUGGUGAUUGACAGCUACCGCAUGGGCAACGAGGCCCGCUUCAUCAACCACAGCUGCGAGCCUAACUGUGAGAUGCAGAAAUGGUCGGUGAAUGGCGUGUACCGGAUUGGACUGUUUGCACUUAAAGAUAUGCCCAGUGGCACGGAACUCACUUACGACUACAACUUUCACUCCUUUAACACUGAGGAACAGCAAGCGUGUAAGUGCGGCUCGGAGGAGUGCCGCGGCAUCAUCGGCGGGAAGAGCCAGCGAAUCAACGGCCUCCCUCCCAAGGCCAGCGGCUCAGGGGCCGGAGCUCGGAGGCUGGGGAGGUUCAAGGAGAAGCGCAAGUCAAAACACCAACUCAAGAAACGGGAGGAAGAGUCGAGUGACAGCAGCAAGUUUUAUCCUCACUUACUCAUGAAGCCUAUGUCCAACAGAGAGAGGAACUUUGUACUGAAGCACCGCGUGUUCCUCCUGCGGAACUGGGAGCGCAUGCGUGAGAAGCAGGAGAUGCUGAAGAGGGAGGGAGAGCGUGAGCGCGAGAGGGACAACAGUAGCCUCUCCGCAUACACGCGCUGGGGCGGCGUCAUCCGCGACGACGGCAACAUCAAGUCAGAUGUGUUCCUGACGCAGUUCUCUGCGCUGCAAACCUCCCGCUCGGUGCGGACGCGACGGCUGGCGGCAGCCGAGGAGAACACCGAGGUCACCCGCACUGCCCGGCUGGCCCACAUCUUCAAGGAGAUCUGUGACAUGAUCACCAGCUACAAGGACUCUGCAGGUCAAACACUAGCUGCUCCUCUGCUAAACCUACCCUCAAGGAAAAGGAACACGCAGUACUAUGAGAAGGUGUCUGACCCGCUGGACUUGAGCACCAUAGAGAAGCAGAUUCUAACGGGUCAUUAUAAAACCGUGGAGGCCUUCGACUCGGACAUGCUCAAGGUGUUCCGCAAUGCAGAGAAGUAUUACGGGCGCAAGUCGGCGGUGGGCCGCGACGUCUGUCGGCUCAGGAAGGCGUACUACGGCGCUCGGCACGAGGCGGCCGUCCAGAUCGACGAGAUCGUCGGCGAGACGGCCAGCGAGGCCGACAGCUCCGACUCGCUGGAGCGGGACCACGCCCAUCACCACCAUCACCACGGCAGCGCCGGCAGCCACGACAAGGACGACGACAUCAUCCGCUGCAUCUGCGGGAUGUACAAGGACGAGGGCCUGAUGAUCCAGUGCGAGAAGUGCAUGGUGUGGCAGCACUGUGACUGUAUGCGUCUGGAGGCCGAGGUGGAACACUACCUGUGUGAGCAGUGUGACCCCCGCCCUGUGGACCGGGAGGUACCCAUGGUGCCUCAGCCCAGCUACGCCCAGGCUGGCUCCAUCUAUUACAUCUGCCUACUCAGAGAUGACCUGCUGCUACACCAAGGGGACUGCGUGUACUUGAUGAGGGACAGCAAGCGGACGCCAGAAGGUCAGCCUGUACGACAGUCCUACCGGCUCCUAUCUCACAUCAACAGAGAGAAGCUGGACAUCUUCCGCAUCGAGAAGCUCUGGAAGAACGAAAAAGGGGAACGGUUUGCCUUCGGACAUCACUACUUCCGACCGCACGAGACGCACCACUCUCCGUCGCGGAGGUUCUACCAGAACGAGCUCUUCAGGGUGCCACUGUACGAGAUCAUCCCUCUGGAGGCAGUGGUGGGCCCCUGCUGCGUGCUGGACCUCUACACCUACUGCAAAGGGAGACCCAAGGGCGUGAAGGAGCAGGAUGUAUACAUCUGUGACUACCGGCUGGACAAGUCCGCACACCUCUUCUACAAGAUCCACCGCAACCGCUACCCCGUGUGCACCAAACCGUACGCCUUCAACCACUUCCCCAAGCGGCUGGCACCCAAGAGGGACUUCUCUCCCCACUAUGUCCCAGACAACUACAAGCGCAACGGCGGCCGCUCAGCCUGGAAGAGCGAGCGGCCGAAAGGACCGACACCCUGCGAGGACGAGGACCGGGGCUCCGCUCCGUUCCCCCGCGACACCGAGGAGGUGGGAACCCGAGGAGGAGGAGCCGGUGGAGGAGGAGUAGGAGGAGGUGCAGCGCCGGGGCUGGAGCAGGAGCCAGACGCCCCCCAGGACGAGACCAGCGGCGCCCUGGGGCGACUACAGCCCGGCACCCAGCCGCAUCCGCCUGGAGAGGCCGACGAGGAGGAGGAGGAGCCCGAGGAGGAGGCGGAGGAGUUGGAGGAGCAGAGGGAGAUGGGCGAGGGCUCAGCGGAGAGAGUAGGAGGAGGAGGUGGAGGAGAAGGAGGAGGUGGGGGAGAGGCGUCGGAGGCCGUUCCCUCGUCCUCGUCGUCGCCCCUGCACCACUCGGCGCCUCUGAGCCGGCGGGAGGCCCAGCGAGACCGACUCAACAAGAUCCUACUGGAGCUGCUGCACAGAGCGCCCAGCAAACAGGUGAUUGACGUGACCUACCUGCUGGAGGAGGGCUCUGGGAGGAAGCUGCGCAGACGUACGCUGGGAUUGGGUGACCUAGUGGGCAGGAAGUGACGUCAUCUUCAACAACCCUGCUGCCUGGCAAGCACGUUUCCCUCUCUGUAGCCGGGUGAAGGAGCAAAGGGAUGAGGAGAAGACAGGAGCAAGGUUGGGCAGAGAGAGAGACGGAAGCAGAGGAGGAGGUGUCUCUCUCUCUCUCUCUCUCUCUCUCCAUCUGCAGGACACCGCAGCCUAAAUCCCUACUAGAGGAUUCAUAGGAAAGUGACCGUUUCUCAGGGUGACGUGUGGACGUUUCCAUGGCGCCCAGGGCCCUGACAUAAUUCAAACCCAUGACGAUGCAAUGAGUGUCAAAAACAAAAACAUAGGAACCUGUAAAAUUUUUUUUUUUUUUUUUUUUUUUUUGUGGCGCUUUACAGAGAACUCUACAACGCAAAAUAAAACAAAGCAAACACAAAACAACAAACAAACAAAAAAGAAACUAAACGAAAAAGCCUUGGAAAGACUGAAUUACAGACUUAUAACUCCUAGAAGGGGACUCAGACCUUAAAGAAGAGACGGACGAAAGAGGAGUGAGGAGCAGACCUGGGACUCGCGCCUUCCCUGGUCUCUCCUCAAGGACACGCUCGGGGAAGGAGGAAGACGAGGAAGAGGAGGAGGAGAAAGGGUAGCAGAGAGGCUCCCAGUGCCAGGUACUGAACUUAGGGAUGCACAGCAACAGCAGGAACGGGCCAGUAGUGCCCCCUAGUGGCCGAGAGUGGCAAAGACAAGCGUUUUUUUGAUCCUAUAUGGGAAUGAGCAGCCAGAUGAGGGAGGGAGGGUGGCGGUGGGGGGUGGGGGGGGGGCUAAGCAUAGGAAGUGCAGUGUAGCACGCUUACACACUGCCAGGAGAAAGAGAGGACAGGAGGAGAGGAGAUGAGGCAAGGAAAUUUGAGGAGGAGCUUUGGCUAAACUGCACUUUUGACACCACGGACAGCGGAGGCUCCCAGGAUGCAGCGCACACACACUAACACACAGUAUUGGAAGAUGCUGUCUUGCAGAAGAUAAAAAAAAAAAAACAUAACAACAACAACAAAAAAACAAACAAAAAACAAACAACAAAAAACAAAACAGAUGACUUACUAAGUAUAUUCUCUCUCUUUCUUUUCAUUUUCUUUUUCCUGUUUUACUGUAAUACUUAACAAAGCAUUGGAGAGGGGUGGGGUUUCUGUGAGCAGAGCUUUUUUGUGAUUGGUCUGUGAGGUAACUAGUCCCGCCCUGUUUGAAGUCAUCAAACUUCACCAGCGAAUAGGAGAAGGAACAGAUUGGUUAUCAGGCACAGGAGGGAGCUGGCCUGAGUAUCGCCUUAGAGUGCCAUGGUCUUGACUGGUGUGUGUGUGUGUGAGUGUGUGUUUGUAUGUUUGUAUGUUUGUAUGUGUAUGCAUAUAUGUGUGUACAUGACCGUGUGUGUUUGUGUGUGUGCGUGUGUGUGGUAACCACCAGAAUUCUUAAAAAACUGAAAAGAAAAAAAACUAAGGGCUUGAAAGCAAUGAUAAAAGUUAUUGAUGAAUUAAUUAUAAUUAAUGGUUAAACGGUAGAAAUGGAAUAUGAUGGAAGCAGAGAAAACAGUGUAUCUUGUGAUGUCAGAUUUUCUGUGGGUUGGGGGGUGGGGGUAAGUCAAGGGCGGUCGGGGGGGGGGAUCUUUUGGUUCUUUUUAUAAUUGCUUUCCUGGUGUUUUUUUUUUUCUGGUUGCCAUGGAGAAUGUUAAUAACAGAUUGUGAUGAGAUUUCCUUUCCGCCGCACCUGUGCUGAGAGAGACAGGUGUGUGUGCUUGUCCCUCUUCGCCAGGUGGAGAGGCAGGAGAAGAGAGGGAGACGCGGAAGGCUAAAUAAGAAAAAAACUGACAGAGAACGAAGCGUUGUAUAGUGCCAAGCUAUGUAUAUAUACUGACUGGGAAAUGAGAGAGGAGUCUCCAAAAGCAAUAUCUUGAUAAUGGAUUUUGUGUAUUGUACAGGAAUCAACCUUAUAUGUAUUAUUAUUAAUUAUUAUUAAUUAUUAUUAUUGAUUAUUAUUAUUAUUAUUACCAUUUGUAUUUCUAUACUCGUCACAUGUAAGCUUGGGGCAGGCAGAAAGGUACCCUGUGGUCGAGCAACCAGAAAGACAUGAAAACCCGUUGCCUAAAAACCCAAAUUUGAUGUAACAUGCAUGAGCGAAAGGAUUGUCAGAUCAACUUUCCAGAAGGCAUUGGGGCAUUGCAGUGACCCUGACAUGACAUCCCGUCACUGUAGCUUUCGAUAUUGACGUUAUUGUUAAUUAUUACUCUUUUCCUGAGGAGAGUGAACAAAAGUGGCUCCUCGUUUUUUUGCUGCAAAGUGUUGAACACUAAAAAAACAAACCCGUGAUAUUUCUGAACGUGACAGGACCCAGAGGCGAAGCUGUCAGCGCCGGAUAUCAUGUUCUUAAUUUCCUUUUUCUUUUUGAUUUUUUUUUUUAUUGGAAAAAAAUGGUUCCGUUUUUGUGAUAGCGGUCAUUAACUAUGAUGCUUGUAUUUCUUGUAUUUGUGUGUUUUUGUGUGAUUGGUUUAGUUAUUUUUAGACAAUCACAAAAUAAGAUGCAAGCAUUGUAUAUGAGCAGACUGGCGGACAUUUUGUGAUGUUGUGUACAGUUUGUCAAAACUUCUUCCACUCUGGUUCAAAGUUUGUAAUUAUGAUUCUAAAGUCAUAAAAUGCUGUUGGUUUUUACUUUUGGUUUUAUAUUCUAUUUGUUUUGUUUGUUUGUUUGUUUUUUAAUAAAAAAGCACUACAUUAUUGUGAAUAUA